AACUUCCCAGUAAAAUCUUAACAUACUUACCAUUCGUGAUUUCGCCAAAAAAAAUUGCCAACGUGACCGCUUGCUUGUAGCUGUCGCGUGGUAACCAUCACGUCGCAUAUCGACAAAACUUCACGGUUGCACAAUAGUUCCAACCGGGUCACACAUCUUAGGUGUACGCGACUUCUACCGCGUUGUACAAUCCGGAAUCAGUGUUUUUUAAUACCGAUAACUUUAAAUCACGUGAGGGUUUAAAAAGAAGCUUAAAUUGCAAGUUUGUUUAGUAAAGAGAUUAGUUUUUCAAGCUGUUAUUGGCACUAAGGGCCCAAGGUGUAUCAAUUGCGUCAUAUGAAUCAUAGAUCGUCGUUAGUGUAUAUGUGUAAUCCCCAAAUUUUUUUGUAUCGGAUUUAUUUAAUCAAGACCCUAGUUGCUCCUGUCUAAUCCUGAAUCAGCACCAUCAUUAUCCUACCCUUUCCUAGCCGACGUCAUCUGCCAAGUAAUACUCCUGCCUUCCUCAACAACCGCUCAAAAUGAACAUGUUCAGAACACUACUGAACUCAAUACCAAAGAACAGGUCUGAGUACGUCGAGGACCUGGAGAUACCGGAGAUUACGCUAACGCCGUACGAGUGGUUGGAUCCUGAGGAGCCUCUCUCCUUGAGGAGUGAGAGCCUCCUUACUGACAGUAUGGCAGAGAUCGACAGGGCUACUUAUAGUACUGACUCUAGUAUUCCGCUGUCCAGGGCAAUGACUGACUCGGAGAUUGACUAUGGGUUUUAUAAACGGUACAACCGGUUGAACUACACCGACACUUGGGAUCACCUGCGAGAUGCUGUGAACGCCUUCCCGCCAGAUUACAUGGCUUCUCUGAACAGUUACAUCUCACUGGACCCAACUGACGAACUCGAGGCUGCCGAACUAAGAUUAGCAGCCGAACUAGCUGAAACUCGGCGUCGCUACAACGAGGAAUGGCGCCGACGCAUACAGAGGGAGUUUGAUGAAUGCUGCGUGUACGAACCUGAUGACCCUGGACUGUCGGAGCUGCAGGACGCGCUGAGGAGCUUGGACAUGAAGGUCUUGGAUUUGAAACAGGCUCUAGAAGCUGACUUGGCCAGCAUAAGGCCGCGACCGUGAAACGCAACCUCACCAUCUACGUACGGCAUCCAAGGAGCAUGGGGCUUCUCAGCUAUAUUAUAGUACCUACCUACCUAAACUAAAUGCAGUGAAUGCAUUUAUUUGUGUCUGUUACUAUCUUCCACCAGUGGUUUCAAGCGCACUUCCAAUUUUUUAACGCACUUGGAAAAAGUUGCAUAUAGCUCUCUUCAAUAAAUGGGCUGUCUGAUUUUUUUUUCAAACCAGCCCAUAAGUUCUAGAAUAUCUCUGACUCUAGAUAAACUCGCAGAAGCAUUAUUUGUACUAUAUAAGUAGUGCAAUUUUAUGACCGUUAUCAAUUUUCAACUCAAGCCUAUUAUUUAUCAUGUUCGUUUGUAAAUGCUUGCUUGUAAUAGAAUAGGUAUAAGAAUAAAACAAAAGCUUUGUGUAAAA